AUGGCUACAACUCUGUUGGGGAAGGAGGAGGAGAGGGAGGAGGAUAACUACCGACUGAGCCGGUGGAGGUGUGCAUCCCCCACAAAACAAUACUUCUCCGUCCACGCCCAGCAGUCCGACCACUCCACACUCGGAGAGCCAAAUAAUCAGACAACGAGACAGCGUUAUCGUGAGUCUCGUAAAGCCGGGUUGAUCGCAGCAGCCGCCACCAAACCUCGCGGUCCCGGUGGCCGCCACGAACGCGGAUCGAUCCCAAGGGCACCCGCCGGCACUGCUUCAUCUCCAACACGACCAACUCUAACCUGCGAAUGGCAGAUGGAAGGAACAAAAAGUAAGGGUAAGCUUGUCGAUCGAAGCAACAGCCUUUCGCUCCUUAAACGACGUGCUUCCCAUGCGUUCUCUGGGGGUCCCUAA